AUGAACUCGCCACCUUGCAUGGGGAGCAGAGCCACUAAAGCACGCCCAGGGGUGGUGCCUGCCCUGAACGUCGCCAGCGAACCGGCAGUGGCGGAAAUGGCAGCGUCCUAUGCCCUGCAGCCCUACAGAUACAACUCGGCCAAGCACUCGUGGGAAAAGCUCGACCUGGCUGGGGAGGGCCACAAGGUGAACAAGACCUCGCUGCGCCUGGCCACCUACAACGUCUUCUUCGGCCAGAACACCAUGCGUGGAAGGUUUCGUCACAUCCUGAGCAUGCUGCCCGAGCUCGAUGCCGAUGUCAUCUGCGUGCAAGAGGCCAACAUGGAGUGGAUCGAAGAGAUGACCGACAACGAAUAUGUACAACAGCACUACUUCGCCUCCGACGUGAACGGGCGCACGUUCAAUGGGUACGGCGUAGUGAUCCUCUCGCGGAUACCCAUGGCGGACCUUACGAUGUGGAAGCUGCCCACCAGUAUGGGUAGACGGGCCUUGAUCGCCACUUACACGAUCAACGAGGAGACGGUCUCAAUCGGGACCGUGCACCUUGAGAGUCUGGACUCUGCACAGCUACGAGCCGAACAGCUGGAGAAGAUCUCGGGAAUUCUGGCCUCGUCGCCGCACGCUGGGCUGAUGGGCGACUUCAACUUCGACUCGGACCGCAACUUUCGCAAAGGGGUGAUGCCGCUGGAGAACGAUAAUAUCGCGGCUCAUUACCCCGACUACGUUGACGUGUGGCCCACCUUGCGCCCAGCUGACCCAAAGGGUCCAGAGGAGAAGGGCUACACGUUCGACUCAGAGGUUAACCGAAUGAUACGCCAAUUCGAGCAGAUGAGGUACGAUCGCGUGUUGUGGAAGUCCGCCGGCGGCCAGUGGCGGCCCAAGCGGAUUGAACUUUUCGGCACGGCGCCGAUGAAGGGCCACAUCGGAGUGUGGCCGUCGGACCACUUCGGCUUGGUCACCGAUCUUGAAUUCGUUGCCCAAGCAGAGCCCGAGCCCGAGCCCGAGCUCGCUGACGAGUGA